CGGAAGGCGCAGUCUGCCGGAUUCCAAGAUGGCGUCGCCCAUGAGGGCUGUGUUAUUGGGGAGCCGUGCUGUGAGAUGCCUGCGUGUCGCGGCUCUGCAGAUGAAUUACACAGCGGUCAGCUCCAGGAGAGAAAUAUCAUUCAAACUAGAUGAGAAAACUGCUCAUAGUAGCCUAGACCUAUUCAAGAAGGACACAGGAGUCAUUUAUCAUAUACUGGGCAUUGACCCUACCAAAGUCCCCCAGAAUCCUGAGCGUUUCCGUGAGUGGGCUGUUGUUCUUGGAGACACCCCAGUCGGGAGUGGUCGUCAUUAUUGGGAGGUGACUGUGAAGAAGUCCAAUGAGUUCCGGAUAGGUGUUGCAGAUGCCGACAUGUCCAGAGAUGAAUGCAUUGGUGUAAGCAACCGAUCAUGGGUCUUUGCAUAUAGCCAUAAAAAGUGGAAUGCAAUGGUCGUAAAUAAAAUAAUCCCAAUUACCAACAUUGGCCAUCCAAGCAAAGUGGGCCUGCUGCUGGACUAUGAAGGUAGAAAACUCAGCCUUUUGGACCCUGAGAAAGGCUCCCUAAUCCAUACUCUCAAUGCAGACUUUCGAGGCCCAGUUGUGCCAGCCUUUGCCCUGUGGGAUGGAGAACUCCUUACCCACUCAGGCUUAGAUGUCCCUGACAAUCUAUAAAGUCCUCUAAAGUAUUACAGUAAAAGUGCCUCUUCAACUUAAAGCAUAUACUGGCAUAAACAGCAAAACCUUUUUUUAUUGGUAUUUCUUGAUAUACCGUACAUAUAAAGCUUGGCUUUGAUUUCUCUGGUGUUUAUAACCAUUAUCAGGGUGGAUAGUGUUCAUAUAUUCUCAGAAUGGCAAAGUGAAAUAAAGAUGUAUUCUAAUGUUGUGCCUAGGGGAAAAGGUGAAUGACAACACUAUGCUUGUAUCUGGAGCAGUGCAGACUCAUCACAUUGGUGUUAUCAAGUACCACCACUUUGGUAAAACACAUUUCAGUUUUUUGCAAAUUCAUAAUGAAUCUUUUUCCCUAGUGACUUUUUUGUUGGCUGUAUAUGAAUUUUCUCACAAUUGUUAAAUUAGCGGAUGUCGCCCUUUUACAUUUUAGUCUGUGAGAAAGUCCAGAGCUCAUGGAUCUCAGCCUCACUUGCUGAAUGCAGCAGGUGUUCUUGUGUGACGUCAGCACACAAGGUUAACCCAUUAUUGAUGGGACAUUUUUUAUUUUAGCAUUUUUGUUUUUGCAUUCUCGCCUACCAAUAGCCAUAACUCUUAUUCUUUCAGUCAGUAUGAUUGAAGUGAUACCAAAUAAAGAAUAACUUUAUUUUUAUUUUUCAGUCUACAGGGCAGUUUGCACAGUGAUCAGUAGUUUUUGCCAACACAUGAUCUAACCAAAAAUCAGCAAUCUUUUCUUUUUUAAUGUAGUAAUACCAAAAGUUUUUUUUUUCUUUAUUGGAAAAUUGGAUAAAAGGGGUGAUUAAAUUAUUUUUUUUAUUAAGGCCUUU